AGCCAAUCGGCGGCUGGUCUCCGUGGACAACCGAUUGGGACUGCAGUUAACUGACGUCUGCUCCAAGAUCGACUUGUCGGUGCCAGUGACGCCCCAGCAGUGCACACGACAGCGUAACAUACGCAGUGGCGUUCGUUGCCGUCCUUAUCCCCACGACCAGCCAUCGACAACUUGUGGCACUGCCAAGGAAACAAACCGUCAGCCCGCAAGAAAUAUCCACUGUCCGAAGCUUUUGAAAAUGGUCACUAACAGAUUAUGGGACGGCGUGUUGUUGCUAUGGCGAUGAGUGAGUCACUCAUAUUGGUGAUCACGUGCGACUGAAUUCUGCGUACCGUGUAGAUUACUCGACGCACGGAUAGAAUCAGCACUUGGCGGCACAUCGAGUAAUCUGGAAGUUGGUUAUAUAGAGGCAAUCGCCGGGGCUGUUGGGAUAUCUGUCGUCCGUCUCAUGCCUUCCUCGUUCGUUAUUCGACGCUCUCACUCGAUAAAUUGCCAUCUCAAGUUAACCAUUUUACAAGAAUCCAGCAGCCAAACCAUGAGAUUUCAGCACCAAGUUUCAAUACUGGGAAUACUGUGGAUGGCAGCAGUGACGCUCGCCAAGACCCAGGAGAACUCAACAGCAGGUAGAACGUUCCCUACCAAGUCAGGCAUUGGAGUCUGGGUCGAUCCCGCCACACCGAGCGACCGACAUACGUACACGAGCUCACGCGGUCGAAAAUGGGAUCUCGUCAUGAGUGACGAGUUCAACGUCGUGAACCGCAGUUUCCGACCCGGAGACGACCACAUCUGGACGUCACUUGAGAAACCGGACGGUGUGAAUGGAGCUUUGGAGCUCUAUUCGCACAAUAUGACUUCUACCCGAUGUGACGACGACGGCACGUGCUACUUUUACAUUAAAUCGGUGGACGAAGUGAACGUUAUCCACGUCUACAACAUGUACACGCACCCGCCUGGGUUUACACAUGUCAAUUUCUUUUACAGAUCGGCGAUGGUGCAAUCGUGGAACAAAUUCUGCUAUCAAGGAGGAAUGCUAGAGGUGCGUGCGCAGCUCCCCGGGGCCGUGUCGAAGGCUUCUGGCAAUCCAGAUCUAGCACUGGGUAAAUCUGGAAAAGUUGCCACUGCACAGUACUACCCGACAUGGCCUGGCAUUUGGAUGAUGGGGAACCUCGGCCGCUCCAUUUUCUCGGCCUCGACCAACCGGAUGUGGCCGUUUUCCUACAAUAAAUGCGACCCCAACGUGUUCAACUCGAGCAACCAGCGCAUCAGCGCUUGCGACGCUAAUCCCGGCUACGGUCUGAACCCGAAUCAAGGUCGUGGUGCACCGGAGAUCGACGUAUUGGAAGGCGGCGGGCUGGCUGUAUCGUCGUCGCUUCAAAUCGCUCCGGGCAUGCCGGACGACUACCGAAUGUUUUCACCAGACCCAUCGACUGGAGACUAUGGAGGCUGCUUCUACGGCUAUGCUUGCUCGACUCGCGGAGCGAACAACAUCGACGUCCCGACCGCGUAUUACCAGCGACAACGAGGCCACCGGUCGUGGUAUCAGGGCCUCCAGUAUGCGUCCAACAACGAGUGUACACGGAACGCCAGCUUGCAACAGAGUUACAACAUCAUUGCUGCGUCUAUAAAGGCUGGUGUGGAGGAGAACUCUUGCUCGCUAACAACGUGUCCCGCUUCCUAUGAUGUUCACUCUGAUCUGCGACUGAUCGACGAUCAAGGGGAACUUCACUGGGGCAUCAACUACAACGGUACCUGCUUCCCAGUCAUCAACUCAUACACUGGAGCCUAUCUGUGCGACCCCGACAACACCAAUUCGAAGUGUACGAGUCCUCGCAAUGCGUCCACACCCAAAUCUGGAGCCAUGAGUUCGUUUGACUACCAGAUGGACGCCAUCUCGUCCAAUUGGCCUCUGCACGUCGGAGCGUACUUGGACUAUGUCGUCUACCAGGUAGAAUGGGUCACAGGUGAGAACGGCUACGUCCGCUGGAUGCUGCACGGUAGUCCGCUCUUUGAAAUCGCGGCGUCCUCUAUCACUGAUGUACCGCAGAAUUCCAAGAAAUCUAACCCACAGAAGACGAUGCUGGAGGAACCCAUGUACGUUAUCUUCAACGUGGCUCUCUCCGCUACGUGGGGAGCGAAGCCUCCGAACCCCGGUAGCGAAUGUCGCGGUGACGGUGCCGAUCCAGUGGUGAACAGGAUUUGCGACUCCUUCCCCAUGUUCUUGAAAGUUGACUACAUUCGGUUGUAUCAAGAUCUAGGCAACGAUCUGGACGCAGACAACUAUAUGCAGGUUGGUUGCGAUCCUAAGAGCCACCCAACGAAGGAGUGGAUCGAAGGACACUUGGACGAGUACGAGGACAACGACAACAAAUGGGAACAAGUAGCUGGCAAGGCUUUCUGCAACUCGAGCGAUGAUUGCACGAUUGGAGGCAGAGUGGGGAAAUCUGCACUGAAAACGGGCAAGUGUCAGAAGGCGCGCUGUGUAUGUACACAUCCGUCGUCGUGGGGCGGGCCGCGGUGCACGACUGCAGUAUCUAGUUCGUCUGGGGGGUCUUACUUUACAAGGAACUCGUACGGCCCUCCGAUUGGACUGUCGAUCGUGUUGGCUACCAUAGUUGUGCUGUUAUCAGCUGCCUCGACGUACGCUGCGGUGGUGAGAGAAAAGAAGAGAAUAGCAGAGACGAAAAACCAGGUCAAGACUGCAGCGGAAUUACUGUCCAAUGACAGUGACAAUGUUCAACGAAUUAAGCUUCAGGAGCGCUCUCGCACCAGUAACGAACUCCAGCCCAAAGACAACUACAGCCAGAAUUUCGUUUAACUGUAGAUUGAAAGGCUACCAAGACCUCAGAUGCAACCUGGGGAUCCCAUCACGGGUAGUUGUACAGUAAGGCUUUGCCCAAUGAUCGCUUAAAACUUAACGCUACAACAAUACAUGUAACAGAAAAAAUGUGCAUUGG